GUUGGAUUGUCUCGUAUGGUAUCUUAGAAUGGAAGAUCACUGCAAGAUUUGUUUAGUGUAGUACAUAUCGGACCGUACAUAUCAAUGGUACAAAUCUUAUUCCUCAUCACCAUUUGGAUAACUUAUUGGAUUUCAGGAAUGGCUUGCGGCCGUUGGAUGAAUCUCGGAUUAGUUAGCAUCCUUGUAUAUUUUAGCAUAAUUUCUAACUUUGGAGUCGAAGGUAGCUUGGAAGACAUCCCGAUUAUAAAAAAACUUCUUAAACGUCGUAACUCCACCCGAGGAAACGACGAGCCCAUACAGAAGUAUAAUAGUUCUUCAGAUUGUACUUCGGUUACCCAGUAUUUAGUUAACGCAGAUGAUCCAUGUAGUUAUUACCGAUGUAGCAGAGCGACAUUGAAAUUUGAAGAGAUGGAGUGUCCAGACGGACGAUCAACCACAUCAAGGGAUCGCAAACGAGCCAAGAAGGGGAAAAUACUUGAGACAUUCCCGUGUGCAGCAAAAGCUAGAACAUGUAGAGUGAAGCUUAGCAAAGAACAAGAAAAUACGAUUCUAAGCGUGCCCAAGGUUCCCCGUUGCGGUCUUGAUAUCAUGAUUGCUGUUGAUAUUAGUUGCUCUAUUGCACCACUAGACAAAAUUAAAGUGAAGAGCUUUAUACAACGGAUGGCAGCCUCGCUUCCAAUCGGAAGGGCUAAAACCCAGUUAGGAGUAGUAUCCUUUGAUGCAAAUGUUCACCAUGUAUUGUGGCUGAACAGUGCAAUACGGAGUAUUAAAGCAGUUCAGGCAAUACAUAGAAUGAAGCUAGAACAGACGAAUCGAAGACUCCAAUGUGGAACGGCAACCUAUGAUGCUUUAAAUGCAAUACGAAACGAAUAUUUCACUUACGAAAUGGGUGACCGUCCGACUAAGCCAAAUGCUGUUGUGAUCAUUACAGAUGGAAAAACAGUACCAGUAGACCGAGCCAAUGAUACAAUUAACGCCGCAAAGGCACUUUUGGGUGAUGGUGCGCUCGUAUUCGUUGUUGCACUACCAAAUCAAAGAUCAAUUACAAUGGGACUGGGCAAAUUCAUUGGCUGGGCUGAAUGGCUACAAAUGACUACGAAGAAAAACAUAUUUACUGCAGAAGAUUUCGAUUUGCUUGAAUCACAAGUCACAAAUCUCACACAAAGUUUUUGCGAAUAACAAGACUGUGAUCAUUUCCGGACGAAUACUGCACACUUUCCACGAGCAACAAGCCGAAAUCAACGUAAAAUUGUUGAACCACAGUAUGAUGACACAUGGUGAUUACAUAGAGGAACUCUAUCAAACACUCAAUCACAACUUAACUUAUUCGUAUAUCCAUCAGAGCCUCAUUGUAUAAUACUAUAAGUUAUUAACGUUUUUAUCGUGUGAUCC